AUGAGUUACACAGCUAUCGAUGAUACUCCUUGUCGGGAGAAUCCGGAUAUUGAGCCGUCACUCCCUAUUAUAGGUAAGAAUUAUAUCAAAUUGUCAAGCAAACCAAUAUAUGAAGGUGCUAGUGGGGUACUAUACAAGUGUUCUAAUACAAUUGGUAAAGAAUAUUUAGUCAUAAAGACUAUAAAGAAACCAGCGAAUCAAUCAUGGGAGACAUACAAGCGAAUAGUGAUGAAAGAAUACAAUAAUAUGAAGCUAUGCUCCAAUAAUAAUAUAAUGAAAAUUAUAGACAUAUGUGAGAACACAGACACAAAUGAACUUUCUGUAAUAUUACCUUACUAUAAAAGGGGCGAUCUUUUGGAUUAUAUGAGUUUAUUACGUCGAAACAAGAUAAACGUGUCGAGUAAUCUAAAGGAUGCAGUUUUUAAACAAAUUGUAAAGGGAAUCAACUAUUUGCAUCGAAAGGGAAUAGUACACAGGGACUUGAAGCCCGAGAAUUUCUUGAUUGACAAUGAUGGCAUAAUCAAGAUAUCAGACUUUGGUUAUAGCUUAAACGUAAAUCGAGAUAGUGAUUACUGGUCUUUUUUGCAAGAAAAUCCCUAUAAAAUAUGGGUAGGUACGUCCAGUUUCAAAGCUCCUGAGUUAUUCAGAUUGGAGUCAGAAAACGUUAGCAUUGAAGAAGCGAGAAAUGUUCUAGACUUCAUAAAGUCGGACUGCUGGUCUUUGGGAAUUGUAUAUUUGCACAUUAUGUUGAUGACAAAACCUUGGAAUUGCGCCAAUCCUCAUGAAGAUAAAAAUUUUGCAAAAUUCUAUGAUCAAUACCCUAAGAAUGAAAAAGACUUUAAUAGCCUUAUGAAGCAUUUAGAUGAUACUCAUUUCAACGUCAAUUCCAACCCUUCAUUAUCUGUGUUCCAAAAAUUGCAUUAUGAUGCAAGAGUGGUUAUUUUUGGACUUUUGAAUCCUGAUAUAAGAAAUAGAUUAAGUACUGUCGAGGUUUUGGAUUCUAACUGGUUGAAUCAAGUAUAUGCUAAGCCCAAAGAAUUUGUAGAUUUAUGCAAGCUUUAA